ACGAUGGGGCGCUUCCGCGAAGAUGGCGGCGGCGGCGACUCGAGGCGCUCGGCUGGCGGCCUGGGGCGGAAGCCUGCGCCGGGGUUUCGCUGCCAGCCGGCGGGCCUUCCCGGUCCCCGGCCCCUGGGCGGCAGCAGUGGCCGGCGUGGCCCUGGCAGGAGCAGGAGUGGCGUGGCACCACGGCCGUGUGAAUAACGCGGCGUCCGAGGGCAGUCUCACCGUCCUGGCACAGAAAAAUGUCUAUGGGAAAAUGAUAGGAGGAUCAUCUCUUCGUAAACAGCGCUUUAUGCAGUUUUCUUCAUUGGAAUAUGAAGGAGAAUAUUAUAUGACACCGCAAGACUUCCUCUUUUCAGUUAUGUUUGAGCAAAUGGAACGUAAAACUUCAGUCAAGAAGUUGACAAAAAAGGAUAUCGAUGGUGUACUGGCAGGAAUCUCAAAAGCUGGUGGUGGAACAACCUUUUUUAGAGACCUUGGAGAAAAAGGGCUAAUUUCAUAUACUGAGUAUCUUUUCUUGCUUACAAUUCUCACUAAACCUCAUUCUGGGUUUCAUGUUGCUUUUAAAAUGCUGGAUGCAGAUGGUGAUGAGAUGGUUGAAAAAAGGGAAUUUUUUAAGCUGCAAAAGAUCUUAAGUAAAGAAGACGAUUUGAAGACAGCUAAUGAAAGAGAAUGCCAGAACACAACAGUGAAAGAUUGUGAUGUUACCACAACCCUUGAGAUUCAUUUCUUUGGAAAAAGAGGAGAAAAAAAACUUCAUUAUAGAGAAUUUCGAAGGUUUAUGGAAAGUUUGCAAACAGAGAUCCAAGAAAUGGAAUUCCUGCAGUUUUCUAAAGGUUUGAAUUUUAUGAGAAAGGAAGACUUUGCAGAGUGGCUACUCCUUUUCACUAACACUGAAAAUAAAGACAUUUAUUGGAAAAAUGUGAGAGAGAAGUUGACAGCAGGAGAGAGCAUUAGCUUGGAUGAGUUCAAGUCCUUUUGCAAUUUCGCCACCCACCUGGAAGACUUUGCUAUUGCCAUGAAAAUGUUUACUUUAGCUCAUCGCCCUAUCAGACUCCCGGAGUUUAAGAGAGCUGUGAAAGUAGCAACAGGACAAGACCUCUCAAACAAUAUUUUGGACACAGUCUUCAAGAUCUUUGAUUUGGAUGGUGAUGAAUGUCUCAGUCAUGGAGAGUUUCUUGGAGUAUUAAAAAACAGGAUGCAUCGAGGCUUAUGGGUACCACAACAUCCAAGCAUACAAGAAUACUGGAAAUGUGUGAAAAAAGAAAGCAUUAAAGGAGUAAAAGAAGCCUGGAAAAAAGCUGGAGAAGGUCUUCCUUAGAAAAAGAUAAUUAGGGAAUCAUAUUGCUACUAAUGUCAAAAUUUGGAAUUUUUUUUUAAAUACUAGAUGUUUAUCUUUUAAGCUUUCAUUAAUUUCCUUUGUGAUAUAAAUAUGCCUUGUAUUCGCUUUCUGAUUCAAUGGAUUAAUAGCAUUUCAUUGAAUAACUUAGUAAAAAAGAAAGUAAUAUUUCGUGAAGACAAGUACUAGAUUCUGUCAGAAGAACUAAGAUUGAAGUAAUGCUUCGUAAUUUAAAAAGAUGGGGAACCUAGUUAUUCACUGAUUUCUUAGAUACAAUAGCACAUUAUACUUUCUGGAAGGGUAAAUUAAAGCUUACAGGGAAAAAAUAAUUGAUGUCCAAAAGUAUUGUCAAUUCCACGUACUCCUCAUAAGACAAAUUAAGUUAAUAAUAUUUCAAGUUUUCUCAUCUGUAUCAUACCUCAUAAAUUUCUUGUAUAGGUUAUUUCAGCUAGCUGUGUGUUAGAUGGAUAUAUUCUCUCUGAAAACAAAAUAAAGUAUUUUAAAAUGAAUUUUAAAUGUUUUAUAAAAGUACACAUUUUUAAAAAUGUAAAUACUCUCAUCCCUUGACAACCUCAUUAGUUUCUGUGCUAUAAAACUUGUUUAAUUGGGAGAAUCUUGAUCACAAGAUCAGGAUCUCCUGGGAAUAUUGCACUGUGGUUAAAAUGGCACUAGAAAUUAACUGGCAUCUAAUACAAAAUUAUAUUUUUUGAAACUUGGUAAAUAAAAAUUAUUUUAUAAAAUGUUCAAAAAUAUUUUCAAAGAAAUAUAUUGCAAAUAUUUCAAACAUGUUCAUCUCCAUGGGUAAUUGUUUAGUAUAAGAGUAGGGCAGAGAAGAUACAAUAUAAGCCAUAACAUCUUGUGCCUAAAAGUAAGAAAAUACUCAAAAACUAAUAGGGACAUGUCAGUGGACAAAAGCCAACUUGAAUGGGGUGUCGCUGGCCAAAUCUAGGAUAAUUUGAGCAUUAAAAUAAUGUUGGUAAUGAAGCAACACCUACUGAAUAAGAAUCAGUGAGCUUACACUGAAAAUUGAUUGUUUAAUGGUGUGAGGGAAAACUUUCCCUUAUGGUCAAUAAAGAGUUAAGGCCUUGAAAUAUGUUCAUCUGCUAAAUUGGAAAGCCUUUGUUACAAUGUAAUGCCUGACAUUAGCAAGUGGUAAAGCUUUUAUUUAGUUUUUCUAGAAAUAUUUUGCUGCUGAUUAGAAAACUUAAAUUUGUCCUGUUUUCAAAGUAACUGAUAUUUUUAAUUUCUACAUUGCAAGACCAAACCAAGAGAAAAGUAGGCAAUGCAAAAAAAGUAUAGGAGUGCAUCCGUCACCACUUUCUCACUUAGCCACAAAAAUACUGACUCUUUUCCCUGUCUACCCAGAUGAACUUACAGGUGAAGAUUAGGGGUAUAAAAGUGUAAAAAUGAGGAUUGUUUCUGGCAUCUUCAUCUUCUUGCCCUGACUUUUCCAGUCUACUCACCUAGAACCAACUCUCCAUGCCCCACUUUGCGCAGCAUCCCAUGACUGCAGUACUCCACCUCGAAAAUUCUUGGCUUUUCCUUGCAUAUACCAUGUGCUUUACACCUAUUCCCUCUCCAAACCUUCACUCAAACAAGCUUCUGACCAGGAUGCUUUCCCUCUCCUGCUGAAAUUCUUGACAUCAAGUUGCCAUUUACAUGUCAAGUUUGUCUCUACUAAACCAUUAAAUCAAGAGGAAAAAACAGUGCCUUUGUCAUCUUUAUAUAUACCAUUCUUGCCGAGUACCUGGCUUAGAGAAUAGCAGCUAACAAAUUCUUGUUGAACAAAAGGAAGGGAGAGAAGGAAGAUGAGAAAAGGACACAGAUGAGAAGACAGGGUAAAAGAGAAAGAGGCAUGUAAGACUUUAAAGUCAGGCAGUCA